AUGGUUUCUUGGCCUUGAAGGCUAUUACAAUUCUCCAAUAUAAAAAUGAACCCUUCUCCGAAAGCUUUUAAAUUCAAUAUGGACAACGUAAGUUCAUAUUCCUUUUCAAAUAUUAGAAAUAAAAGACCACUCACAAAGACUCCUCGCUCUAGGAAGAAGGUUAAUAACCCAAGAUCAUCAUUUGAAUCCUCACAGCGAAAAAGCGGCAUAAAUGUCGAUUUUAUAUCAAAAUUUAAGCAACUCUUGCGCACUGUAAGAUGCGAUGAAGAUCAUAAAUCCACAAAGACAUUAAUCAAGUCUGCAAAAGCAAUAAAACCUGCUCAAUUGUACGAAAAAUCUCCAAAAAUAACCUCUCCAACACUGUCUCCUGUCAUCUGCUACUCAGAGAACUUCAAUCAACUUUACAAAAAGAAGUUUAAUUUCAGUAAAAACGGUUGAGAAUAUUGGAGAAACAGCAGCAUUAGAAAAUCUCCUAAAAUUAAUCAAAAAAUUAUCUUACUCCCCCCCAUCCUUGAUUGAACGACUCGCCAUCGUUCGAUCAAGGAUGGGGGUUAAAAAUAUUUUUUGGGAAAAAAUUUUUAUUUAUAAAAUAAAAAAUAUAUAUAUUUAUUUACUUUUAAAUAAGAGGGUUAAGAGUAUUUAAUAAUUGUUUUUACCGCAAAAAAUUGAAUUAAUUUCAUAAAAAUACCAAUUUUUAAUAUUUUGAUUUAUUAGUCACCCUUUUAAACUGUAUAAAUUUUAAUUUGUUCCUUAUUAAAUUAAAUUUUUUUUUUAAAAUUUUAAAGAAUCUCUAUUUUUUUAGAUUAUUAAGUUUUAAGCCCAGGUUGAUGACUAAAUCACUUCGUAUGGUUGAUUCCAAAGCUUUUGUCGUCUUAAAGUCUCUAAAAACAACUUUCAUUAGGUGCAUCUUCCCAAGCUUUUGAUAACUAAUAUAUUUUUUAUAUAUAUAAAAAUUUGCAUGAUAUAAAAAUCGUUCGAUCAAGGAUGGGGGUUAAUUUUCCCCAAAUUUUAGGAAUUUUUACAGUCAAUCGUUCGAUCAAGGAUGGGGGGGAAUUAGAAAAGUCUAUAGAAAAAAAUUAUUUUGAUUCCUCUGUCAAAAAUUUACAAAAAAUCCUUGACACAAGGAAAAGAAGAUAUAAGUUUUUCACAGACAGUGAAGAAUCUAUUGAAAGAUCACGGAAGAAAAUUCUUGAUCUGAGAGUUGACCCCGGGGUAAGUUCUGAAUCUUCGCUUGAUUUUGCCAAAAAAUCGCACUUAUCUAAUAUCAAUAGUGAAAAUUUUAAAGAAAUUUCAUUUAAAAAAGCUUCAUCUCAAGGAAAGAUUUGCAAAAAUCAAAAAAUCAAUGAUAAAAUGAGCAGGAGCAGCUUAUCACCUACGUGCAUUGGUGCCGAAAGUGAAUCAUUUAAUAGAGCACCUCUUGCAAGAUCGCAAACAUAUAAUCCAUCUACUAGAAUUAAAUUAAAGAGGAGAAGCCCUGAAAAGCAAGAGAAAUCUUUAGAAGAAUUUGGUGCAUGGGAAAUUUCUUAUUAA